GUCUUGGCUGCCAACUGUGCUCAAGCCAACGCUUGGUUUUCUUGUUUAGUAUCCCUUUGCUCGAGUAUUGACUGCAUGCUGCAAGCGCUUAAAACUGCCUAGCUCAAGUUUAUCUUUGUAUAUAACACACCAUCGACUUACCACUUGCACACUGCAUCUUCACUUCAUGGCUGAUCUCGGUCUUCAGCAUCUGGAAGAUGAUGCAUCUUAUAGUGAAAAGCAACAGGAUGAAGUUCACUCACUGCCAUUGACUCCCGAACAACACCAUACUGCAGUCACCGAACGUUCUUCAUCCGAAACCCUGGAGCCAUCGAACGAUACCCCUGAUCAUCCGUCGGUCAACGACAGUACUUCAGCAACGGUCACAUCACAACAAGACGAAGUGCCGAUCGAACGGGAACAGCCUCAACAACACAUCGCCCAAACCGUACACGGGCCACGAACAGAAGUAGAUGACAAUGACCAGGAGGAGCCUACCUUCAAGAUGGAACCCUCGUCCAUGGAAAUUAUAUCUUCAGUUACAGUGGAAGAAGACCACGAUCAGGAUAACGACAGAAACGAUGGCGAUGAAUUGCAGGAUGCACAUAUCGAGGAUGAGCCAAUGGAUCUCGUGGAACAUGUGUACAAUUAUACGGUCGAUGAUGUGCUUGUUCGAAGAGUGAUGAUCAUCAAAGAAAUACCGACGAUUCUCUCCAUGAUUGAUGUUCAUGAAGCAGUGGACCGCGUGUUACCAGUUUUACGAGAAAUCAUUAUUGAUCCAGAGGAUGCGGCGCGUGAAGCGCUUCUAAGCAUAUGUAAUGAUGUGAUCAUGUACUUUUACAAGAACGCGCCGCCUCUGUUUGAAAACGAAAAAACGGCGAGUGGAGACUCCGCCUCUCCAGAUACUACUACCAAUGAGGCUACACCAACUGCAUUGACAAGCCCCAGCGGCAUCGUCGACUUGGCUCCGCCUUCUUCCGACAAGCUCAGAUCGAAUCCUCACAUCCCCAAAAAUACGUUCACGCCUUUGUUUAUGGAACUGUUACUGGAUCAGCGAUCCGUGCUGAUCUCUUCCAGUCGUGACUGUGUCGUCAAUAUUGUGAAACAGCUGGCAGCAUUGGAAGGAGACCAAUAUCAAAAAAUCAUCGAUUGUGACAUAUUGCAGGGGGUGGUUGUGGAACUGAUGACGGUGGCGGAUGGACAACAUGCAGUCGAAGAUCAAGAGACAGCACAGACCACUUAUGGAGAUCGCUGGGUCAUAACGUCAGACACUUACCGUCGAUCGUCCUUGAUUGGUUAUGAAGAAGAUGAUUUCAGUCAAAACAAGUGGGACUGGGCCAAACUCACUUGCUUGCAUUUGAUUACCGCAUUGGCUGAUACCCUGGGGUCCGAGCGUUGUGCCAAAAAGUGCUUGCCCAUAGUAGAACGACUGGCCAAGGAUCCCUUGUACAGUGUACGAAAGGAAUCGGUCCAUGCUGUACAUAAUCUUGCGACCGCUCUGACAUCGGACGUAGUUCUGGAUCGCUUGCUUCCCGUUUACCAAUCCCUUUCUCAUGAUACCAUCUGGCAUGUACGCCAAGCGUGUGUGCAACAUUUACCCGGAAUCUGCGAUGUCUUAUCUGAUGAUCGCAAAGAAUAUCUUGCAGCUGAAGCGGUCCACGUCUUCGAACACGACGUUUCACGAAAUGUACGCAAUACACUAGCCGAGAUUAUCGGCCAAUUGAUUGCCAAAUUUUUACCCAAAGACUGGGAAGUGACAGGGGCAUCCGGCAAGGUUCCCGAGCACCUGUUGCAAUUUUUUCUUUCUCUGGGUUCGACGACCAGCGUCAAUCAAAUGUUCAAAUUGGAUAUGGAUCGCGCUAUCACUUGCGCUUACAAUUUCCCUGCGGUGGUGCUGACGGCUGGGCGGGACUAUUGGGACUCGCACCUGCGGGAUAUGUAUCUCAGUUUAAGUAAGGAUUAUCAGAUCAAAGUACGGUGCACCUUUGCCAAUUCGUUGCAUGUGAUUGCUCGUCUCAUCGGUCCCAAACGUGCCGAACGUGACUUGAUUCAAAUCUUUGCAUUGUACUUGAUGGAUCUUGAUGCUGUAAAGCAAGGUGUCCUUGAGCAUAUGGCCGAGUUUUUGGGUACCCUGGCUCCCAAUUCUCGAAACGAAUACAUUCCUAUUUUAGCCGAAGUGUGGGAUGGCGUCAUGACGAACUGGCGUCUACGGGAUAUGCUGGCGAGUCAACUCCAAGCGAUGGCCUUGCUAUUUGACAGUCAACACGUGGUCGAACAUAUUCUUCCUUUGGCGAUCCGUGCAUGUCAAGAUGAAUUUGCAACUGUACGAUCCACAGGUGUCAAAGCAUUUCCCGUCAUCCUGCAUAUUGUGAAACAGAGUGCUGACGAAGAUGGAUUGUCAGGGACCAUGAGCGAUUUGGAAAGUGACGGUUACAGCAGCGAGCACGAGAACCGUAACAAUGAUGCACUAGCCCUUUUAAGCAUUGUCAUGGAAAGUUUAGACGAGUUCGCACGUGGCACAUCUUAUCGCUCCAAACUAGUAUUUGCUCACAUAUGCGAAGCACUUUUGAACUCUCAAAUAUCUGCAAGAGAUGUGGGCACUUUCUUCCUACCGCGAUUGGAUAUUUUGGCAAAAGACCCUGUGGUAAAUGUCCGAAUUGCUGUGGCGCGCGCUUUUCAUAUCAUAUAUAUCAACCAAACCCUGCGGGAGGAGUUGAAUGAGCUUCAGGCUAACGGUGUGAGCCAGGGGUCGGUAUCGGAAAAUAUGGAUCGCAUGCUGUACCAGUUUGCGCUUGAUGAAGAUCAAGACGUUCGAUUCUUUGUCAUGGAUCUGGUAGAUCCCGCUGAAUUGGAUAAGCGAUCUCGGCAUAAAAUGGCGGCGGCAGAGGCUAAUACUCAACGAACGGAUUCGCCCAUGCAGGAAGAUACCGAACAAGUUUUCGCUUCCUCGCCCUCCACGACGCUUUCAAACGAUACCUUAUCCAUGGAGGAAGAUGAUCCGGAUGCCAAAGCCAAGUCGGCCGCCUUCAAAUUGAAUGAGUCACCUCCAGUGGAGUAUCCCACUGCUGGCGAAGGAACAGACUCAUUGCCAAUGUCUGUCGAUGAAGACGAAUUAAUGGUCGAUGCACCUCUGGAGUCCAAAAUAGACUUUGUGUCAGGUGGUUACCUCCAUGACAGGUCGUUACAAAAAAACAAUGACAAGGAAGACUACGUGUAUCUGUCAAAUAAUCCCUCGCAAGACGUCGUUUUCGCCUCCAGCUCCUAGCACUUCCUACUCUCCUCUUGCUUGCUGCGCGACCAGUUCUAUGAAUAUUUCCAUGCCAUGGUGACCACUAAUCAUAAUCGUAAUACCCGUUUCCUUUCCUAGAUAUCGUAGAUGUCGUAUUCAUUGAUCUCUUUCCCCUCCCCUGUAUGAUCAUGUUACUUCUUUACCAAAAGCGGUCAACCCGUUAUCCGAAAUUCAAAACAAACCGCCUUCAUACUCUUUUUGCUUUUAACAACAAUAAUCAUCUUUUCCGUCUCACGUUAAUGUAUAAAACCACAAAUAAACGAUCAUUUACACUGUGCACCUUUAC